AUGGCCUACAAUGAUGAUGCUGUGCUGGCAAAGCUGUCAGCCUUGAAUGAGAGCCAUGAUAGCAUUGCAACUGCGGCACAAUGGAUCAUGUUCCACAAGCGACAUGCAGAUCGCACAGUGCAGCUCUGGCUGCAGCGCCUUCGUGAUUCAACAAGCACCAAGAGACUGAGCUUAAUCUACCUGGCAAACGAGGUCACCCAGCAGUCAAAGGCCAGGCACAAGGAGGAUUUUCUCACCGCUUUCUCUCCGGUUAUUGCAGAGGCGACAGCAUUGGCCUAUAAGGGCGCCCCAGCUGAGAUCCAAAACAAGCUCAGAAGAGUCAUGGACGUAUGGAAGGAUCGCUUCAUAUUUGAGCCGCCUGUUCAGCAGGCCAUCGAGGCGCGCAUUGAUGAACUUGACAAGGCCCGCGGAACUGCAAAGGCAACCUUUACCGGCCCUGCGGUCGGUGGCCCGUCUAUUCCUGCAGAGCUUACUCCGCUCGUCACCUCGUAUCAGGACGUCUCGAAGCUCAACCUGCCCACCAAGACGGCCAUCAGCACGGCCAACCAAGACUUUGAGAAGGUCACAGACCCCUCGACGCCUGUGCCUUCGGCCCCCGUCUACGCUGCGCGCCUCAACGGGCUAUUGAAGAGCCUAGCCAGUGCCGAGGGCGCUGUUGCUGAAUGUGUCAAGGCCCGAAAGGGUCUCAUUGGCGAACUCGAAAAGCUUCUCAGCGCAAGUCAGGAGGCGCUGACUAACGACGAAAAGCAGUACGCCGAAUUGACCUCGCGGAAGGCCGAGACCGAGGAGAAGAGACGCGAGAUCGAGCAGGCCAUUAUGCGUGGUCUGCCUGCCCACGAGGCUUCGCAAUCCCCGGGCAACGGAACAUCCAAGACCCCAGAGCCGGAGAGGCCGGAGAUUGAGGCGCUCACUCCCCCGCCCGUCGAGGCUUUCACGCCGCCGUCUGUGGAGGCACUGACGCCUCCACCUGUUCACGAUGAGCCAGCUGUCCUUCACCAUGCAGAUGCCGACCGCGCACGCUCGGCGUCAAGCCAGCGAUUCCAGCCGCCCGCCGCAUCUGGCAUUGAAAUGCUGUCUGCUCUCGCCUCCCAGUACCAGUCGAUCCCUGUCUCGGCCAACGGCGCGAACAAGAGACGUCGACUUGAUGGAGAUGAUUUCCCGGACCUCGGAGGUGACGAUGGCAUUGAUGCCGACGUGGCUGAGAUGCUACGCAAGGAGAGCAACGGCAGCGCUUGA